GGUGAGUGGCUAGUAAGCUCUGGUUAUGUCUCUAUAUUAUCAGCUUUAAUGGAAUUCCACUUGCCUCUGCAUGGAUAGACCUCACAGUUGUGGCAGGAUCACACGGAACUCGGAAUUUGUCUUAAAGGAGUAAACCCUGUGCCUGCCAGAGAAGGAGAACACCAGACUGUAAAGAUGAAAGUGGAAUGGACAAAUUUAGGAAUGGUCUUCUUUCUGCUUCUCUCCUUUGUAAUGACGGGCUGUUUCAUUUGGCAGUACAGACUUCCCAAAGCAAAACCAGUGGAUAAAAGUUAUGCAAAAGAAGGGAAAGAGGAGAAGAUGUGCCCACGUUUCCCUGAGCCUGUGCCAUUGGAGCACCCGAUACCUGUCCUCAUAGAAGCUUUGGACAAGGUGGAUGCACUUUUGAGGACCAGCAUUGAUGCCACAAAACUGCCAGCCAUCUCUGCCAUUGUAAUAUUUAAUGAUUCUGUAUUGUGGAAUGGUAACUUUGGCAGAAGGAAUGGAAGUGACCCCACAUCUCCCCCAAUAAAUGAGUAUACAAUUUACAGAAUUGCAAGCCUGUCUAAAAUCUUCCCCACCUUGAUGCUGUACAAACUUUGGGAGGAUGGAAAAGUGGGUUCCUUGGAUGACCCCCUGGGGAAGUAUGUUAAGAACUUCACCAUUAAAAACCCUCUAGGGGAAAGAAGGAAUCAUGACCUCAAGUCCACCUCUGACGGCAUGAGCAGUAGAGAGGCUGAAGUCCACAUCUCCUCAGUUACCCUGAGAAGGAUGGCCAGUCAGCUGUCAGGUUUACCCAGGCGGCUCCGGGCAACUACUUUACUGUGGAAAGGCAACACUCAGGCUGCUGUGGAUUUAUUACAAGAUGAUGUUCUCGUGGCUGACCCUGGAACAAAAUGCCACUACAGCAACCUGGCCUUCUCCCUGCUGGCCCACAUUGUGGCGAAGAAGGUUGCGGAUAUGGAUUAUCAGCAAUGGGUGUCUGAAAAUAUCCUGCAGCCGCUGGGAAUGGAGGACACUGGAUUUGAAAUCACCUCUCAAAUAGAGAAACGAAUGGCAAUAGGUGUUUACUCAAGCGGGUAUCCCGCACCCCUCUAUGACCUUGGUUGGUAUAGUCCAUCAGGGCAAAUGUUCUCCACACCUGCAGACUUGGCCAAACUGGUGAUGAUGCUCCUGGGCGCAUACUACCACCCGGUUCUCCAACCUGACACCCUCAAAACCAUGCUAACUCCUCUGUUUCGUUGUGAAAAUAGCUACUUUGCUGAACAAACUGGCACACCGUGGGAGGUCAAUGAACAGUUGGGCUAUGACAUUAUCCGCAAAGAUGGAGAUCUGGAUGGUUAUUCGGCCUCAAUCUCCCUCGUUCCUCGCUUGAAGCUGGGGUUGGUCAUCCUAAUGGCUGGAACCAAACCUGAAGAUGAGGAUCUGGUGGCUAAAGUCUACAGUUCACUCAUCCUUGCCAUGGAAAGUGCUUUCAGAGAUGCACCUCGUGUUCUCAUUCCUACUCCGGACCCUGUUCCCUACAUAGGUUACUUUACUUAUAGCAACAUAACGUUCUACGAGAUCAAAGCAGAUGCAGAUGGAGUGCUGUCUCUGGAGCAGUUUGGACCUCAAGUAGACACAAUGGUUCCCAUGAAGUACAGAAGUUUAAAACUCAGUUAUCUGCAGGAUAGGGUGUUCAGGGUGGUGUUUGAGAAGGAGUACCCAUGUCAGCUCAAAGUUAACGCUGCUUGGGUGUCUCUUGAAUCUCAGGAUGGGCAGCUUUUUAACUUUUACAUCUUUAACAAAAAGGGGCUCUCGCCAGGUUUUGAUGUCCCAGGGUUAAACACUUAUAACGUCACACGGAUUCCUCACAAACCGAUUUUCAGUGGUUGAAGAAAUCAUUUGAUCAUGCUUUUGAGUUAAUAAGCUAAAAGGUGCUCUUUAGGAUGAAAGUGUCAAAUUCUGAGGAACUUCAACCUAUGAUUGUAUACAUUUUAAUAAACUUUUGCCUCAAGAUGCUGAAUGUAUAUUUAGAAUACCUUUUCUUAUUUUUAUUUUGACCAUUUUGAAAAUGAUAUUUUUUAUGUAAAGUAUCUCCUGCUGUUGUUUCCCCUUUCUUCAGAGGAAUAUACGCAAUUGACAACCGUCCAUUCAUUUAUGUGUGUUUCUAAGAAGCUUGAACUGCGUGUCUUAAUUAAAAGUAAAGUGUGUGCCUUCCCUAAGCAUUUGCACCUGUGUAUCAGUUUCCAAAGUACCCAAUUUUGUGUAACCUUAAUCAGCACAUUGCUGGGUUCAGCUAAAGGUAGUUAAAAGCAUAUUUCAACUCUAAUACUAAUAUUUUUUUUUCUAAACAUUUUAUUUGUCUUAAAUGCAAACCAGUGUGAAGCCCAUUCACAUCAAGGAUGAUAACUAUAAAAUUUUAAGCUAUUUAAUUGUAUGAGAAAAGGGAAAUACAUAACACAAAUAAAAUGAUUUUGACACAGAAACAAUAUCAUUGGAAUCACUUUUUUAUAUUUCCUUGCUGAUGAACACUAAAAACGUUCACAACCAAUCAGAGUCCACCUGAUUCUCUAGCAUUUAAAGGUCCAGAUAACAAAACUGCAGCUUGUGAUUAAUAGAAUGUUGUGAUGAGUUGAUACGGAUGCUAAUACAGUUACUGUUAUAUUUUUCUUUAUAGUUAUCAUUCUUGUUGUGAACAGGCCUCAUUUUAGCAUCAUAUAUAAUAAUAACCAAACUUUUUUUAAACUGUGCAUUUUGAAAAAGAACAUUUCAUAAUGUUUCUUAACUUAAUCGGAACAUUAGCACAACAUAUUAGAAUAUAGAAUAAUUGUUGCACUGUACAAGAAAAACAGGACAUACUUAAGAAAGGAAUUGUGACUUAAUUAAAAAUACAUUUAUUUGUGCACACAAAGUCCAUCAAAGGCCUGAACAUUUGAGCUAACAUAUGGUCUUGCUGAGAUAAACACUAGCUGUAAUCCGCUGUCAUUGCUCUGUUAUUUCUUGGGAAUCAAGUCUUGAGGAUACUGACAACUGAGAAAAUCAAGCUGUACAUCACUGCUGACCUACAAAUCUUCAAAAAUCAAUAUGUUAGAGGACAGUUCACAAGUAACCAUAAACUGAGCAACCGAAAAAUAAGUAACCUGGAAUGUUGUACUGUACCUUUCUGUUAUCCAGCAAAAUAAAAGUGUAUAACACAGUUAAUCAUAUUACAAUUUAUGAUAUCUUCCAAAUCAGGGAGAAAAGAAAAGACACAAGCACUUUAGACACUUUAGAAUUUUUUUUCUUCAUGCUUAAUGCGUUCAUCUUUUAGGAUGUUAAAUGAAUGUUUUACAUCUUGAUUCUGGAAUCCUACAGCAAUUGCAUGUACCAUGUAAGAUUUGACAAACGUAAAGAAUGGCUUUAACAUUAAUACAUUUAUACUAAUAAAUAGGCUACCAAUUAAUUGUGAUUGAGCUCACUUUCUCUAUGGAGUCAAUCAGGCUAUUCCUUUUAUGGAUACAAAUGUGUUGAAAGCAUGUGCUUGGUUACAAGAGAGCAUUCUUAAUUUAUAAAUUAUUACUACACUAUGAGAAUUAUACUGUAUAUAUAGAGACUAGGCUAUAUAUAUCAGUCUCUGAACUGCGUGUCCAGCUGUGGACGCAAGAUGUCCCUGUAACAUCACAAACCGUGGCCGAACCAUACCCACGAAAAGGUUUGCAUAUUUUAUAUGUACACACACAGCGAAGCCAUUUAAACCGCAAUUUUUAUUAUUAUU